AUGAAGUCCCGAUUUUUUUAUUUUUUGCUGCUUUUGGAUCGCGGAAACUCGGAGUUAGUCUGCGACUUUGGCCAGAGAUGCGACAGUUUGUGCGAGGCAGAAAUCUGCGAGUAUAACUGGGAGGUCAAUUAUAAGCUCUCAAAUGUAUGGACAACUCUUGAUUACCAAUUUGGUGAAGAGGGAUUUUGGCGGGGUUUUCCUUUGUUUUUCAACGAGACAUCUGAUCGACUUGAAAUUCCAGAGCUAGACACAGGACUAUUCCAAGAGAUUGUGAUCGAUUCAGUGAGGGACGAGAACAAUGAGCUAAAAAGACCGGAAGACUAUCUUCACGAAUUAUCGUUUAUCGACGGACAAGAUAGCAGAAGAGUGAUCACAGUGAAUGGCCAAUUCCCCGGGCCGAAUAUCAAAGUGAAAAAGGGCUCGAUUCUUCGAAUCCGGGUACGAAACAAAUUACCCAAUGAAGGGCUUACACUCCACUGGCAUGGGCUUCACAUGAUUGAUAAUUUCUGGAUGGAUGGAGCAGCUUUUGUCAGCCAAUGUCCCAUUCCCGGGUUUUCCGAGUUCACCUACGUCGUCAAAGCUGACAAUUCGGAUCCAACAAAGGGCUUCUUUUCAAUCGGAGAGCGAUUCCUGAUACCUCAAAAUGCUGAAUCCUUCGAGCUCAGACUGAUUAAUUCUGGCUUCGAAAUGCUCUCAGCAGUCACGAGACUCGAUGGAAGAUCUUUACGAGUUACUGCCACUGACGGGCGAGACUUACAGUCCUUGGAAGGAGAUGUUCUCUUCCUUGGCGUCGGGGAAACUUACAAUAUCGAGGUAGAUAUAUCGCCUGAAGCAGAGAGCGUUUUUCUUCGAUUUUGGCUUCCGGUCGAUCACUUUGGCCCUGAAGACGAAAAUGUUGCUAUUCAUGAGCCCUAUUUGGAUGUUGAGUUCAAACGGGAUUCUUCUGUUGAAGAAGGAGAUUACAAAAGCGAGUUGUUCACUCGAAAGCCUGAUGAUGCUAUUCUCAAAAAUAGCCACGAGAAUCAGAUGAGCAACCCAAUUUGGCUGAACUGUCCUUUUCCAGAAGAAGGAGUCGUUUGUAAAACUCUAUCAGACUUCAAAAGACUUCAGUCAUCUGAUCAUAAAUUUGCCGCCGAGAACUCAGAAAAUGUUCCUUCGGAGUCGCUGCAGUUUGAUGAACCGGAUGUUAUUCUCACUGUACAUGUCAACUUCAACACAGUUGGGCCGAAUGGAGGAGGAGGAAGAGUGACCCUCAACGGGAUUCAUUUCGUUUACCCAUCUAUUUUGACCGCGAAGGUUGGAGAUCUUGUUGAGCUGCGCUUAUCGAACCUGGAAGAGCGAAAAUCGCGAAGAACUUACCACAGUAUGCACCUUCAUGGAUAUGAAUUCUUUCUGAUGUCGAUGGGAUUUGCUCAAUACGCAAAAAACGGGACGAUCAUUGGCGACAAUGUAAAUGUCAAAUGCAAGAAAACUCCUUGUGCUUUUCUCGAUUAUGAUGAAGAAGUACUAAAAAGAGAGCGAGAAGAAAGGACCUCUUAUAUUGCCAAAAACUCCAUUUUAGUUCCUCCGCAAGGCUACGCAAUUGUCCGAUUUAGAGCGUCAAACCCAGGAAUCUGGCCGAUCCAUUGUCACCAAGGAGUGCAUCUUGACGGCGGAAUGAGUGCAUUAAUCGAAAUCAAAGACGAAAUUGAAAACCGGCCCUUCAGUUAUCUACCAACUAACUUUCCGAGAUGUGGGAACUUCGAGCCAAAGGCUUUUUCGGAAAAACCAGAACCAUCAGCUCAUCCCUCUGCCGCAGCAUCUACCUCUUCCGAGCCAGCCCGCGGAGCAUGGAAUUCAAAAGCCGACUACAUGUUCACCUGCAUUGGCUAUGCUGUUGGGCUAGGCAAUAUCUGCCGCUUUCCGUAUCUCGUUUACGAAAAUGGCGGAGGCGCGUUUGUAUUUCCUUAUAUCAUCAUGCUCUUCAUCGUUGGGAUUCCAAUUGUGGUGCUAGAAACGACACUUGGUCAAUAUUCUUCAAAGGGACCGGUGAAGAUUUGGUCGUUUUCACCGAUCUUCAAAGGUUGUGGGUUCGCUCAAGUCUUGCUGAUGUUUUAUGUCGGAAUCUACUACAACGUCAUCAUCAGUUACGCCAUCUUCUUCCUCUUUGCCAGUCUCGACGGGACUUUACCUUGGGUCGGAUGCGAUAACUGGUGGAACACUCCUGCCUGUGCUACUUCGUCAUCGAAUUGCUUGGUCAAAGAAUCCUAUUUGAUGCAAACACUUGGGAAUCCGGGUAUGGCGCUCGUUUCCGAACUGAACAAGAACUACAAAAAGGAUUAUAUAAAUGCAUGGAAUGACUGGGAAGUUAACCUUUCUCCUGAUAAUAUUACCAGUUUGACGAAUGCGGGACUUUGGAGCUCGGAUAUUGAAUGCAACGCUGGUAUAAGUUCAGCGUCGUCAUCAUCAUCCCCCGCCGAAGAGUACAUGAACGAAUACGUCCUUGGCCUCACGGACCAAAUGACCAUCGGGGGUGGCGGCAUUCGUUGGCAAAACACUCUCGUUUUCAUCGCCUCUUGGGUCCUCAUCUAUUUAGUUCUCAUGAAGGGUCUUCAAGAAGCUGGUAAAAUCAUCUGGUUCACAGCGAUGUUUCCAUAUGUCGUCCUCACUUGCUUUUUGAUAAGAGGCUUGACUUUGGAUGGCGCCGGCUUGGGGCUCAGCUAUUAUCUCGGAGCUGAGUCUGAUUUUAGGAAUGGGCUCUAG